AUGCAUUUCGCCGUCAUCCUACUAGUAGUUGUAACAGCAGUGCACUGUCAAAUACCCGGAUGGGAACCUUGGAUGGGAAUUGGACCGAUAACCUGGGUCUGCAGAGGCCAAGGAUCAAAGAUGUCAUGCUUUGACCCUUUGGGGGGAUAUCCGGGAAGCACUACGAACUACCCGACAGGUGAAUCGAGCUCUACGCCGGCUUCUGAAUCAACGCCUUCUAUGAGAGCAUCACCUAUAGUCUUUAAAAGGUGA